UUUUACCUUUGGACUUACAAACAGAGAGGGAGCCAUUCUCUGUCUAUUCGAGCAACAUGUCUGCUUAUGUGCUUUCCAGCGAUGCAAAAUAAAAAGUGGCAAAAUUGGAAAUUCAUAUGUGGCAGUGAGAUGAUUUCUCAAGGAGCAAAGGGAGCGGAGUGAUGCAAUGGCGCUCGGGCACGGCUCUAAGAAGUCGAUUUCAUGCGACCAGGAGGUCACACCUGCUGCUCUGAACAAUGGGGUAGAAGCUGGCGGUCAAAUUGUGAGUCCACCCACCAGGAAGAGUUACAGGACCCGUAGAUGUGUCCUGGCCUUCCUCAUCCUCAUCCUAACAGCUGCAGGAGCCACACUAGCCUGGUUCUUCCUGGAAUACAAAGUUUGGAAAUUGGAGCCUCGUGUCCGGCAGCAGUACACAGCCUACCUGACCAUCCUCAACAGGAACUUCUCUGCUGAUCUGUCCUCUCACAGCAGCCUGGCUUACAAGAAAGAGGCCAAGGCAGUACAAAACAUGGUAAAGGAAAUAAUGAUGAACUCAAGUUUUUCUCGAUACUUCAACGGCACCACUGUGUUUGCCUUUGGGCAGGGGAGUGUUGUGGCUCACCUCUGGAUAAUAAUGUCGGUUCCAAAAAGCCAUGUUGAGAGGGUCACAGGGGAGACGGUCACAAAUGGCCUGCAGAAGGUCCUGAAGAAAUACAGAGAGUCAGAGGAUAAGAAGACAGCCAACUUCUCCGGAUAUCUCCUCUUCCUCCCCUCGCUUUCCGUCAGUGAAAUCGACUCCAAAGUCAUAGAGCUUUUGAAAGCCUCAUUUGACUGUUACUACUACCAGAAGGUGGAGUCCAGCAGCCUCGUGGCUCUCCGUGGCCCCGACACGAAGCGCUCCUCCUGCAUGUGGCGCCUCCGGGCCGCCCCUGGCACCCAGCUGGAGCUCCGCGUAGAGUGGCUGCUGCCAGAAUGCUGGGACACGCUGUCGGUAUACAACUCCCAAAUGCCCUCCGAUAUUGACCUCAUCACACUUGUGUUUGGCUACAGCGAACUUGAGCCUGUGGCGCGUGUCCUGUCUUCAGGCGAGUGGAUGACAGUAGUUUGGAAACAGACUCUGUACAAUUACAAGAAGCCCAUCUCUCUCUCUGCACGGGUCCGGGAGCACCAGGACUGUAACUCCACUAUAGAGCUAAAGGCAGUAUCAGGGGUGCAGGGGUCACUGAGAACGCCUUUCUUCCCCAGCUACUACCCCCCAGACACCAUCUGCAACUGGACCUUUACUGUGCCCAGUGUAGGGAUGGGCUUGUCUCUGGAAUUUGAAGGUUACGAGUUGAAAAGAGCCGGCUUCAACCAGAUCUGCAGCCAGGGAAAGUGGUUCAUCCAGAACCGCAGACUGUGUGGCACCAGAGGUAUGCAGCCAUACAAUGAACGCCUCAUACUGCUCUCCACAACCGUCACCGUUAUCAUGACAUCAGAAAUGUCAAUCACAGGGCCGGGCCUUCAGCUGCACUACAGGGUCUUUAACCUGACAGAUCCAUGUCCAGGCCAGUUUCUUUGCACUACCAAUGGCCUGUGUGUUCCUGCCUGUGAUGGAAUCAAGGACUGUCCCAACGGACUUGACGAGAGGAACUGUGUGUGUGCGGCACAGUUCCAGUGUCCAGAGGACAGUAAGUGUGUGGACUACUACAAGGUGUGUGACCAACUCCCAGACUGUCCUGAAGCAACUGAUGAGAUGAACUGUACUGAUGCUGUGCAGUGUACAGAUAUGACCUAUAGGUGCGCUGAUGGAACGUGCUUGAAGAAGCCAAACCCAGAGUGUGACUUCGUCGCUGACUGCCCUGACGCCUCAGACGAGAUGCACUGUGACUGCGGCCUGAGGCAGUUCUCCAGCCGUAUAGUGGGGGGGAGCGAUGCCACGGAGGGGGAGUGGCCAUGGCAGGCCAGCCUUCAGGUGCGGGGUAUCCACAUAUGCGGGGGGACGCUAAUCUCCAGCCAAUGGGUGGCGACUGCUGCCCACUGUUUCUAUGAUGACCGUUUCUUCUCCCUCUCGGUGUGGACAGUCUACCUGCGGAAAAUCAAGCUCAUCCCCAGCAGUCCUACUGAAGAAGUAGUGCGAGUUAAGCAAAUCCACAUUCACCAUUACUAUGACUUGGAGACCCAGGACUACGACCUGGCCCUGAUGAAACUAGACCGAGCUGCCUCCAUGGUGCUGGCUGGACAUUCUCGACCCGCCUGCCUGCCUCCGCCCACCCACCAGCUGGAGCCGGGCCUGCUCUGCUGGAUCACCGGCUGGGGGGAUCGCCGUGAAAGGGGCAAUGGCAGUAACAUUCUUCAGAAGGCAGACGUUCGCCUGGUCAGCGAGGAAACCUGUGUCCGCACUUAUGGCCGCAUAAUCACUCCCAGAAUGCUUUGUGCUGGUUACCGCAACGGGUCCAAAGAUGCCUGUCAGGGGGACUCUGGCGGUCCCUUGGUGUGCCAAGAGCCGUCGGGUCGCUGGUUCCUGGCCGGCGUGGUGAGCUGGGGAAAAGGCUGCGGGCGUCCAGACCGCUACGGCGUCUACACUCGCAUCACCAGGCUCAGUGACUGGAUCAAACAGGUCAUCAGCAGCCACUGAGACACCGGAGAGCUUUAUCUUUACAUACAACAAUAACCAUGUGGAGAUAAAAAGCACUGGAACAUGAUUUGAGAUUGUUUCUAGGCCAAACAGCAAGGUGGUAAAGUGUGAAAGUCUUUACUCCAAAAAGCAAUGAAGCUAAUAAUAAUCAAACCUUAUUUAUGCAGCAUAACCUUUCAGAACACACAUUAUUAAGUGUUUAUCCAGCAUGCAAUGAAAAGAAAUAUGCCAAAAUAAGGGAAAUUAAAUAAGAAUUGUUUGUAAGAAGAGCUAUAAGUAAAAAAUGGUUCUAGGACUCAAGGAAGAUAUUUUUAAUAUUUCUGGAGAAGAAGCUCAGGUUUCAGAAGUAAUUAAGAAAGUGAAAUAAAAAGGUUGUAUCAUCUCUUCUUCGAUCAUUUUCAUUUUUUAGAUGGAAUCAUUUAUAUUGUAAAGAUAUUGAGCUUUUGUCCCUUAAUAAAACAUGCUUCUGUUUUUUAAA